UGCUACGCUGGCGACAUACGACAAGUCGACCGCCAAAUCAAUGACCAGUCAUUCUUCUCUCCAACAGUAACAAAGAGACAACAAACUCUUGAAACCACGGACCCCGUCGCCAACUGGCCAAUAGGCCUCAGCUCAUCUCUUCAGGUUCCAGAGAGUUGCACCAACAGCCCCUUGCCCAACCCUGACGGAUACGACUGUACAUUAAUAAGUCAGAACCAGGCUGAACUCAUCGCUGGUUGGUGGCCACACAUCCAUCAUGGGCAUGGAUGGAACAAGGACAAAUACGGCACCAGCCGCAUACGCGAGAAGCCAAUGGAAUAUCGCCAAAUCCAUGUUGGUGUGUAUCCAUGGGCUGAGCCUGUGAGCACGGGACAUGGAGUAGACUAUGUGUCUACCGUCUACGAAGUCGAUAAGCCCCCUACUCCGAGUCAGGCGCCUCCAGGUUCUAGCGGGAUUGGUCCUUUGAGUUCUCUUUAG